AUGGCUGCCUCCAUCCGCCCCAAUUUGCCACCCUCUGCGCCCAGUGCCUUGGCAGUCACGUUCGUCCAGGUUGGCCUGACUUCGAUGGCCGCAGAAGCCCUGGCAAUCGGUCGAUGGGGCGCCAGCCGGACAACCAGCGCGUCCGCCCGCCUAUCGCCACCUCUGUCGCCUUCCGGGGCGGUUUUCAGGGUCGCCCUGUCAAGUUGUGAAACCGCUCGGAAUCCGAACGGCUUUAGCCCUGGCGGCCCGUCCGUCCUCACCCCUCCGCAAGCGCACCCGCAGCCACAGCAGUUCAGCACUGCGCGAUCCUGCUGGAUCGCCUGCCCGACCGCACGCUGGUCCGCCUCCUCCUCGCGCUCUCCCCUUCCUCGGCCAUCGACUCCUGCCGCCUGCCCAGGCCACAGCAUUUUUGCACUCAGCAUACAGAGUACACACACACUCUUUGCCCUCUUAGGACUUGCCCAUCCGCAACGCGCUUUCCUCCCUACACACCAUCAUCCCGACCAUUCUCCCGCACCCAGCUACUUCACAUCUGCUCCGGUUCUGGUACUCCAUCUAUACGCAUCGACUCAACACUACGCAGCUCCAUUUGCGCAUCUGCUCCUAAUUAUCGCUCUUCGCAGCCAUCGCAACACGGCAGCACAAUCGACGCACGUCUCAGUCGUCAUCCACACACCAUCGUCUUGA